CAGCUUGCCCGGGUCAAUGCCAUGCGCCAAGAACGGCAUCGUCAGUGGAUUAUGGGAGAACGGUCAAGUGAAAACCAUUAUGCACCAGCAGCUAGAAUUGAUGGCUAUUAAAGUUUUUCAAUGUAGACAAUUUAUUUAUAUGAUGCUUUCUUUGCAUCAUGUACAGUAAAACUGAAACAAAUUUCAGGAGAUUUUGUUAAAUUCAGUAUUUGAUUAGGGCUAUAUUACUGCAUUUAUAUAUAUAUACACACACAAACAUAUACAUUUAUAUAUAUAUAUAUAUAUAUAUAUAUAUAUAUAUAUAUAUAUAUUUGUAUUAUUGUGUGUGCGUGUGUGCGUGCACAUUUAUCUAUAUAUAUAAUGUAGUUACAAAAGGUUUUUUGAUUUGCCAUUUUUAAGUUGCUAUAUCCAUCUGCACUUACAUGUAGGUCCAAGCAUCCCCAGUGAAACUGCAGUUUUGUCUAAAGAAAUACCAUUAAAAUGUACAUUUUGAAAUGUAGACUGGUGUAAAUAUUGAAGUUAAAUAAAGAGUUGGUAACA